GAGCACGAGAGCCGAGUGCAGAGAGAAAGCGAAGAGAGAGAGGUGUAGUUGAGCAAGUGAGCUAACAAGCUAAGUAGCUAUAGCCAGAGAGAGGGACUGUGGUGACAGAGGAGAAUGGAGAGGGCUCCGUACUCUCGCAGUGUUUUGUCCACAGAAAGGGUACUCAUAGUAAGUAUUUAACAAUCGGAGAGCGUGGCCUGAAACUGGAGGAACACCGGGUUAUAAGGAAGGAAUGGCUGAUCCUCUGCGGAGGACUUUACUAGCAAAACUUCGGGGAAAGAAAUCCAAGAAAGGGACGCCGGCUGGUGGAUACGGCGCUGCAGCUAAUGGGGACAGAGAAGGUAAAGAAAAAGUUUCUCAAAACCCAGACGGUCAAACUCAUCAAGUAGUUAUGUUCACAGAGUUGGAUUGUGUGGCAAACAAUAUCAUGAAAGGUAAUGAGAGAUACGUAAACGUGGUUGUAGAAAAUAGGGUAGUUCGGGAGCAGAAUACGGUAGGAGUGUUUGAGACUAGUGCGUUUCCCAAACAGUACGAGGGUCCAGCUGCCAUGCACAUUAGCCGAGGGCCAGGGGACAAUCUGGGCAAUGUUGGCUCAGGAUUUAGGAGUCGAGUUAAUGAGGAACUAUUGGGGGUCUCACUUCAAAGAGCAACGCAGUACGCGGAGAACGAUAGAGACGAGAUGUCCAGAAUCAAUAAACAAGUGCCGGGCUAUGUCUCAGGACAAGGACAGAUGGGGAGACCGCACGUUGUCCCGAUUCCGCGACAGUAUAGCUCAGGGGACUCAAUAGGGUUCGGGAGCAGUAGCCCUUGUAAUCACGUUAUAUACCACAGACCGCCUGAUGUUGUUGAUACAGAGGUAGUUAAACUGACAGAUGGCCAGUCUCCUGCCUCAAAGAGUAAUGGGACAAAUAACUGCUUUGACAAAGAUCUAAAGACUCGACUCUGUGACCGGCAGGCAUACCCCUGCUAUCAAACUGUGUACAACGUCAAGGCAGAGAACGAACAUAUGUCUACACAUGAUUUAAAAGGCAAGGCAAACUUACACGCUAUCCAUAACCAAAUAUCGGAAACAAAUGGCACCACGCAAACGUGUCCGCAGGGUAUCCCUUGUGCGCAGCAUCCUACCGGUAGUUACACGGAGGAAAACAUUGUGAUUAGAAACAUCGAGAGUUACGGGAGCUCGUCUGAAUUUACGGGUGAUAACAUUAGGGUGACACAUUUUCAGAGCCCCACAUUCUUCCCCACGGAAUUGGAGAUCUGUGACGUAAACGUGGCCUCCCAUUUCAUAUGCGAUAGAGAGGAAGCACUCCGACACCACUCAAUAGAUAGCGAGGACGACGAUUAUUAUGACAACGAAAUUCUCCCAUGUUAUGUGUCGGAGUCAGUAUGUCCAAAUGACAGAAUAAGUUCUGAUAUAUUACCAGGCGUAGCGUCGGGAAUAGAUGUUCCAAAAGAACGUGUCAUCAGCGAUAGUGCGCAGGAGACUGACAGACUACAAAGCCGGUUGAAAGAGGCAUAUUACCUGCUCAUUAACGCCAUGCAUGACAUUCGUUUUGAUGGUCAGGUCAGUUUUAACGGAUUUGUAGAUCAGACGAGCUCCUCCAGUCACUCUCGGGACAGUGUGUGCUCGCGAUCGUCCAUCAAGCUCUUGGACAGUGACGCUUGGUCGUCCGGAGACCAUAGUACCCAACAGGUGUCUGACACGGAUUCACUCCGGUUGUAUCUGCUAAGUAAAAACCGUGAACCUUGUCUCAUAAAUACAUUUAUUAGCAAGAGUCUUGUGAACCUCUCUGCAAGUGGGUUAAGGCCCCCCCUGCUGCGUUCUACUAGCGAUGGAACUAUCAAAUACCCGAGUCAGCCCAGCAUUCAAGCCCACGGUUUUCAAAACCUUGAAGCUGUUGUGGCUUGUAAAGAUGUUGCAGAUAGGCUGAAGGCUUUGGUAGCUUCUGACCCGUUUGAGAAACAGGUCAGCUACGACGGUUGCACGAGCAGCGACGACCUACUCCAAGACACUGGCGACAGUGUCAAGUUGAACGGGAGUAGUGGCUCCGUGAAUAGCCUCACCGGUUCGUCAGACAAUGCGGACACCCAGCAGGGCGGUACCAUGAAGCGGGAUAGAGAGAGCCACGCGUGGGCCCAGGACCGGGGCGGCCCCGCCAAGCCCCACGGUGUCACCGUCAACAAGAUGCAGGAGUGGAUGCACAAAGGCCGUCUGCUGUCCUCCGAGAUGAAGCAACGCAUCGCGGGCUCAGCGCCCCGGCCCCACGGCGGCUGGGAUAGGGCGGCUCGGCCUAGCCGGGGCCGGCACGGCUCGAUUCCGGGGGGAUCGAAACCAGCGGCGUUGACGACCAGAGUUCAUGGGGCCGUACCAGGCGCGGUGGUCUCAUGCCAGGGACAGGCAGCGCAUCAGUCAGCUCUGAUAGAGAAUGUCCACUCGUCCUUCUCCGACCGGCGUGAGGUGGGCAGGGUCAAAGCCAAUGAGCUGUCGCUAUGGAGACCUCCGCUCAACACCAUCACUGUUUCCAAGAAACGCAACUGGCUCCAGCAGAGCUCCGGGAGGCCUAGCCACGGCACGGAGGACUCCCAGUGGAAUCCGGGCGCAGAGGAGGAGAGUGGACAAGGGCAAGCUCCACCCCCCCCUCCUAGCCCCUCCCCGGAGAACUUAAAGCCCCCAGGGCCGCCACCCUCCCGCCCCCUCCGCUUGAAUCUACCCCAGGUUAGCGCAGGCCACCUUCGCGCGGGGCCUUCGCCAAGGUGUAUGGACCCGGCUGAGGAGAACGACGCAGACGACGAGGGAGAGAUCUGGUACAACCCCAUUCCCGAGGACGAUGAGCCAGACUUGCCUCAUGGCCAUGGACACGCUGCCUCCCCCCAGGUCAGGCUCAUGGUCCCAGCACGGCCCCCGGAGCCCCAGGCCCCACAGAGCGGGAGGAGGCCUGGCGGGGGAGGGGAGGCUGUAGCACGGCGUGCGAUGCGGCGCUCCGACCCUGACCUGGAGGGGGUGGGGGAGAGCCUGGGGGAAGGAGGUGGAGAAGAGAGUCAGCAGGGGAAUGCCUUAAAUUCCUUGGAGCCGCCAGUACAGCUGCACAGACAGAUGCCGCCAGCAUGCAAACCUCAGGAGGAGGUUACAGCAGAGUGCUCUGAUCUAGUCACCCCUGGCUUCUCGCCGCCAUCCAGCCCAAACCCUGCCAAGAAGGGAAGUUCCCUCAACUGGUCGUUCCCAGAUAAGAUCAAGUCCCCACGCACUGUCCGUAAACUCUCCAUGAAGAUGAAGAGGCUUCCAGAACUCAGUCGCAAGCUCAGCGUCAAAGGGACCCCUAGCAACAACAACAACGCCAGUGGCAAUGGAGCCAGUACAAACAUUCAAUCAGAGGCAAGGAGCCAGUGUCCCACCACAAACAGCGGGUCAGAACCAGGCCCAGCUCCUCCCCAGUUGUCUGAUGGUGCCGGGCAGGGGGUGGCGGCUAGCCGAAAUGUUAUCUCCAGGUAUCAUCUGGACAGCAGCGUGUCGACGCCGCAAAGCUACAGCAAGAAGAAGAGCAGCGGCACCUCCAAGUCGGCCAGCAAGGGGGGCUACCUCAGCGAUGGGGACUCCCCAGAACUCGUGGCCAAAUCUGGGACGCACUGCUCCUCAGAGGGUAAGGGCUGCAAAGGGAAGGAGAAAGAUCCAGCCACCGGCGGAGGCGAACGCUCUGGAGCAGGUGGAGUGACAGGGGGAGGUUGCAGCCCCAAGCUGCACGGUACAGAACUAGACAUCGACGCGUUCCGCCACUACGCGUUCACGGAACAACCCAAAUGCACCCAGUACAUCUCAGGCCUGAUCAGCUUGCACUUCUACGGCGCCGAGGACCUCAAGCCACCACGCGUUGACUCCCGAGACGUCUACUGCGCCAUCCAGGUGGACUCGGUAAACAAGGCGCGCACCGCCCUGCUCACCUGCCGGACCACCUUCCUGGACAUGGACCACACGUUCAACAUCGAGCUGGAGAACGCCCAGCACCUGAAACUGGUGGUGUUCAGCUGGGACCCCACGCCCAAGAAGAACCGGGUGUGCUGUCACGGCACGGUGGUGUUGCCGGCACUCUUCAGGGUGACAAGGAGUCACCAGCUGGCCGUGAAGCUGGAGCCGCGAGGCCUGAUCUACGUGAAGCUAAACCUGAUGGAGCAUUGGCAGAACUCUCUGGACGGUGGCUACGACGGGGACCGGGAGCCGCAGAUGUUCGGGGUGGAGGCCUGGAGGGUGGUGGAGAGGGAGAACACAGGACUCAUGCUGCCUCUGCUCAUCGAGAAGUGCAUCACGGAGAUCGAGAAGAGAGGCUGCCAGGUUGUGGGCCUCUACCGUCUGUGUGGCUCAGCAGCAGUAAAGAAGGAGCUGCGCGAGGCCUUUGAGAGGGACAGUCUGGGGGUGGAGCUCUGUGAAAACACCUACCCUGACAUCAAUGUCAUCACAGGUGUGCUGAAGGAUUAUCUGCGUGAGUUGCCCUAUCCCCUCAUCACUAAGCACCUAUAUGAGGCUGUGUUGGACUCCAUGGCGAAGAGACCUCUUCGUAUUGGUGCAGGAGGAUGUGAGAACGACCUGGCAGAUACUGAACACACUGUCAGUCUCUUGGAGAACCUUCCGGAGGUGGAGAGGCUGACACUGCGGAGACUGCUGGACCACCUGAAACUGGUGGCGUCGCACCACGAGGUCAACAAGAUGACGUGUCAGAACCUGGCGGUGUGCUUCGGCCCGGUGCUGCUCAGCCAACGGCAGGAGGCCAGCUGCCACAGCAAGCGGGUGUUCAUGGACUCUGAGGAGCUGGCCAGCGCCCUGCACUUCAAGAAGCACAUCGAGGUGCUGCACUAUCUCCUGCAGCUGUGGCCAGUGGUCGACCCACAUGGCAAGACCUCCUCCCCCAUCCCGGAGCCCCCCGGCCCGACCGACCAGUUGGCUGCCCCGCCCCUGCGUCGGAGGAAGGAGCGCCCCCAGGUGCUGAACUUGAGUGAUGUAGAAUUGGCUGGGGUGCUGCGGCCCAGGCCUGGGCGACUGGACAGUCCUAGCAACCGCUACGCUGGGGACUGGAGCCGCUGCGGAGAGAGCUACUGCCCACCCCCUCUGCCCCAGGAAGAGAAUGACUACGACGAUGUUCCUUCUGAGGACAUGGAGGUCACCGAGGAGGGACAGGAGAGAGGGGAGAAGCAGGACAGAGGAGAGGAGAGGGGGAAGGAGAGAAGAGAAGAGCCGAGACUUGAGAAAGAUGAGGAGAGGGGACAGGAGAGAGAAGUGAGAGGACUGGGAGAGCAAGCCACGACUGAACAGGUGCCCUUGUGUCUUGAGGAGGUGAUGGAGGGACCUACAGAGGAGAGAGAAGAGAGAGAAGUUGAGGUGGAAAGGUUGGAGGAGAACGAUGGCUUCAGUGGUGGUCAGCUGCCAGAUGACCGGCUGUGUGAGGACGAGGAUGACGAUCGCAUUCUUCCGCUGCACCUUCCCAAAGAUCACACAUACCAGGCCUACAUGAAGAUCCAGGACAUCAGCCCCGUUCUCAGCAACAGGGUCAACCUGAGGGACCUGCAGGAGAGUAUCGACACACUCAUUGGCAACCUGGAGCGAGAGCUCAACAAGAACAAGCUCAACAUCAGCUACUGACUGAAACACCAAGCCAGACAGGCUACUGACUGAAACACCAAGCCAGACAGGCUACUGACUGAAACACCAAGCCAGACAGGCUACUGACUGAAACACCAAGCCAGACAGGCUACUGACUGAAACACCAAGCCCGACAGGCUACUGACUGAAACACCAAGCCCGACAGGCUACUGACUGAAACAGACUUGAGUUGUGUCUGGGCGCUUAAGGCUCGAGUUUUUGGUGGUCAGGAAUUGGGCCCCAAGGUUACCGCGGUGACAAGUGCACCACCGGUGUCUUGCACUCCUGCAGAACUCUGCUAUGUGAUUGGUUAAAGACUCUAUUCAGCACCCACCUACAAGGCAUUCCGUGACACUUCAGUAAUGUUUCGCUUUUGCUGACUUGUUUUCGAUGUAGUUCUUGUUCUGUUGUUCUCACCUGGUUGUGUUUGUUGCUUCUCUUCUUAUUAGAAGAACCCAUUGACCCCCAGGGGUGUAAACGGUGCCUUAAUUGUGUGAAGGUGGGACUUUUAAGGCGGGGUAGACCUUUUCCGUUGAGGUGAAAUACAUUACGAUGACCAACGAUGCACUUAAGAGGCAGGCUUCAGUUUAUAGUAGAGGUGCUUGAUGUUGUACAUUAUGGCUGGCUUCGGACUGACAGGGGAGCCGCCAGCUUGCACCCAGCCAUCUGAGCCCUGCUCCUGGGCUCCCAGGAUAAUGCUACCGGGUCCUGUCGGGUUGUCAGGCUGCUGGAACCUGGGACAGACCCUAUCAUACAUGCAGUCACAGACCUGAUAGAUUACAACAUAUAUCUCAUAUACAUGAAGAUGGGUGGGUACAUGUUUCCCAUGCAACAACAUGGGUCAUAGAAAGUAAAAAGGAUUUGAUUAUUAUGUUAUUGCUUUCAUAAUCUGGUUUCAUGUUUUAAAAUAAUUUUUCUUUUUAAAUGAUGACGUUAAUGGAAACCGGUUUUUCUUCUUCACCCCUUCCCAUUCUUCCACAUGAUAUGGAGAGGCAGUUAUGUAUGAUCACCUGCAGGUGUCAAUAAGCAAAAGCCACCUAUGGGAGACAUGCUUACGGUAAACACUGCCUGCCGAACAUCCACCACGUUUAAUAGAAGCAGUUCCUGUGUGGAAAGGGUUCCCUACCUUAAUAAAUAAAAGCAUGUUUUCAGCAAUCCAGGGAUUCCAAAUGAUCAGUAUUUAACAUAUAUAUGUAUAUACGUAUAAAUGUAUUUGGGUUAUAUUAUUUUUUACAGCUUAUAUAUAUAUUUCCAUACAGGAAUAUUUUUAUGCUCUCCAUUACAUUUUGUUGUUGACUUAUAGUCAGUAAAAGUCUCAGACUAUGUGUUGCUUUGUUUUCUCCCCAAUGAGCUACCUUAAACAUGCUGGACUAAUGGUACGACUUAAGCUGUAAAAUAUAUAAGAUAGAAAUAUGUUCCAGCAGAAAAGUAUGUUCUAGCAGAAAGAGAGAGAUGUUAUUUUUGUUAUAUUUUUCUGUAUAUAUUUCACAUCUGUUUUCUUGCUGGUUAUCUUUAUAUUUAUGUUUAAAUGUACUGAUGAACAUUGUUGCAUGGUCAAAAGCUUUAUUACAGAUAUAAACCAGUAUAUUUCCCAUCUCCCAAGGUUAUCGUAUCAUAUUUAUGUGUACAUAGAGAAUAUUCGCAAUGUGUUCCUAUCCUAUUUUUUUUGUCAUCCCUUUGACAGCUGCUCACAAACAUAGACUAACCAUCAGGUUGUUUUAACUGAAAUUACAUUGAAAUACAAAUAUGAAAAUAAUAAUUUCGCUAGCUAGCUAAACCAUGAGGCAAUGGCACUGAAGUGCAUGGUUUCCAGAAAACAGUGCGACGUCAAGCUGUCUGUGUUCCAAAUGCAACCCUAUUUCCUAUAAACUGCACUACAUUUGACCAAAGUCACUGAUCUUAAGUAACGCACUACAUAGGGAAUAGGGCACAGUUGUGGACAGAGGUUGUUAUAUAAGGAUUUCUUUGUGUGUGGGAUUCUGGUCUGCCACAGGUUUCCAAUCGCCAAGCAUAGAUUGCCAGCCCAGUCUACCUUCUGUUAGCCCCUCACAGGGGGGAUACGUCACAGGAAAUUCUGCUAGUGUAGUGUCAUCCGUCUCUUCACCCUAUAGGAUCUACCUUAUCUCCAUCUCGCUCUGUUCAUGAAUGCAUUCCUCCUUCUCUUUCUUUAUAUCAAUGCAUUCAUCCAUAUCUUUCCCUUUUCCCUCCCUUAGUCUCAACCAGGAUGUCAGAUGUCACAUGUAAAGUCCACAUGUUCUGUGUGUUCUUCGUCUUUGUAGUAGUUGUUUUGUUUAUCCUCUGCAUGUCUGUCUGCAUGUGUGAUCUGUCUGGUGGUUUGUCUGUCUUGGACACAGAAAGCUAUGAUGAAAGCAUUAAUAAACAGAAAUGACUUUGUACUGAUCUUGAGAACAAUAUGGUCAUUAAAGUAUAUAUUUCACAUGUA